UGACCAAUCGCGUUUUACGCUCUACUUGUCGCCGGCACGCAGUGGCGCGAAAACCUUUCAGUGUGUGGUUUGACGGCAGAGGAGCACACACCGAACCAAACUCUGUGCAAUAUUUCAAGAUUUUAAACUAUAAUAACUAAUCUGUAAUAAUGGCAACCGACAUGGUAGAUGACCGGGAGAUGAGAGAGGCUCAGAGGGAUUACCUCGACUUCCUGGACGACGAUCAAGACCAGGGGGUCUACCAGAGCAAAGUCCGGGACAUGAUCAGCGAAAAUAAAGCUCGACUCAUCGUCAACAUCAACGACCUGAGGAGACGCAACGAGGCCCGGGCUGCCAAACUGAUGAGCAACGCCUUCGAGGAGCUGCUGGCGUUCCAGCUGGCCCUGAAGGACCUGGUGGCCUCGGUGGACGCCACCUACGCCAAGCAGUACGAGGGGUUCUUCAUCGCCCUGGAGGGCAGCUUUGGCACCAAGCACGUCACCCCCCGGACCCUGACCUCCCGGCUGCUGGGCAGCAUGGUGUGCGUGGAGGGCAUCAUCACCAAGUGUUCUCUGGUGCGUCCUAAAGUAGUGCGAAGCGUUCACUACUGCCCAGCCACCAAGAAGACGAUGGAAAGGAAGUACACUGACAUGACCUCGCUGGACGCCUUCCCUUCCAGCGCCAUCUACCCCACCAAGGACGAGGAGAACAACCCUCUGGAGACGGAGUUCGGCCUCUCCGUCUACAAGGACCACCAGACCAUCACGGUGCAGGAGAUGCCAGAGAAAGCCCCCGCCGGCCAGCUGCCUCGCUCCGUGGACAUCGUCCUGGACAACGACCUGGUGGACAUGGUCAAACCGGGAGACAGGGUGCAGGUCAUCGGAACGUACCGCUGCCUGCCCGGCAAGAAGGGAGGGUUCACCUCCGGCACGUUCAGGACCAUCAUGAUAGCCUGCCACGUCAAGCAGAUGAGCAAGGAAGUGUCCCCCAACUUCUCGGCGGACGACGUGGCCAAAAUCAGGAGCUUCAGCCGGUCUCGUUCCUUAGAUGUGUUCGAUCAGCUGGGUCGCUCCCUGGCUCCCAGCAUCCACGGCCACGAGUACAUCAAGAAGGCCAUCCUCUGCAUGCUGCUGGGCGGCGUGGAGAAGGUGCUGGAGAACGGGUCGCGCAUCAGAGGAGACAUCAACAUCCUGCUCAUCGGUGAUCCAUCGGUGGCAAAGUCCCAGCUGUUGCGUUACGUGCUCCACACGGCGCCCAGGGCCAUCCCCACCACCGGACGAGGCUCCACCGGAGUGGGUCUGACCGCUGCGGUCACCACGGACCAGGAGACCGGCGAGCGCCGUCUGGAGGCGGGCGCCAUGGUGCUGGCCGACCGCGGCGUGGUGUGCAUCGACGAGUUCGACAAAAUGUCCGACAUGGACCGCACGGCCAUCCACGAGGUGAUGGAGCAGGGCCGCGUCACCAUCGCCAAGGCCGGCAUCCACGCCCGCCUCAACGCCCGCUGCUCUGUGCUGGCGGCGGCCAACCCCGUCUACGGCAGGUACGACCAGUAUAAAACCCCCAUGGAGAACAUCGGCCUCCAGGACUCGCUGCUGUCCCGUUUUGACCUCCUGUUCAUCGUGCUGGACCAGAUGGACGCCGAGCAGGACCGCGAGAUCUCGGACCACGUGCUGAGGAUGCACCGCUACCGCGACCCCCGCGAGCAGGAAGGAACAGCCAUGGCUAUGGGCGGGACAGUAGACGUGCUGGCUACAGACGACCCAGACGCUAUAGCAGAAGAGCACGAGGAGCUGCAGAUCUACGAGAAACACAACAACAUGCUGCACGGAAGCAGGAGAAAGAAGGAUAAGAUUGUGAGUAAGGAGUUCAUGAGGAAGUACAUCCACAUCGCCAAGGCCGUGACACCCGUGCUGACGGAGGAGGCAGCCAAACACAUCGCAGAAGAGUACUCGAGGCUGAGGAGCCAGGAGCAGAUGGGCGCUGACAUCGCCAGGACCUCUCCGGUGACGGCCCGUACGCUGGAGACCCUGAUCCGUCUGUCCACGGCACACGCCAAGGCCCGAAUGAGCAAAGCCGUGGAGCUGGAGGACUCGGAGGUGGCCGUGGAGCUCGUCCAGUUUGCUUACUUUAAAAAGGUUCUGGAGAAAGAGAAGAAGCGGUCAAGAAAGGAGCGGGACUCCGGUUCAGAGGAGGAAGAGGAAGAGCAGUCGUCCACUCAGCCUUCACAGAAAACCGCCAUCAAGAGGGGGCGACGUGGUUCUCAGGGCAGCGAGGCCUACAGCCCGUAUGACUUCAGUGAAGAGCAGGAAGUUCCUGAGAUCCAGGCUGGCACCCCGAAACCAGCCAAGACCCAGCGGGAGGAGGAGCCCAUGGAGGCCACAUCACAGGCUGAAGGCACUGAGGUGUCUGCAGAGAGGCUGAAGGAGUUCAAGUCGUCCCUGUUCGCAGUGUUCCAGUCCGCUCACGCUCAGUCAGUGAAGAUGAACACCCUGAUGGAAGACGUCAACAAGGGGCGCGAGAGCAGCUUCACGGAGCCAGAGGUCCGCGCCGCUUUGGCUCGUAUGCAGGACGACAACCAGGUCAUGGUGGCCGACGACAUUAUCUUCCUCAUCUGAGGGACCUGAAUCGACGACACGGACUUUGAAAGAAACAGCCAUUCAUAUUCAAAUGUACAUUUAUAUUUUUCACCUGGUUUGUAUUCAUGCACCGUCUAGCUUCAUCUCUCAGACCCCGAUCUCUCAUCUGCAAUCCCACACUUAAAGCAUAAUGAUUGGAAAUGGUUCAUUCUCAUGAUGGAUUUGGAUCCACUGUACCGUGAUGAGGACAUUAAGUAGUUUUACCAACACUUGUGAUGUCUGCAUUUGUAAAUAGUUGAAGAGAAGUUUUGAAAUUGUUAAAUAACUGUAGUUGUGUAUUAAAAAAUAAAAUGUAAUGGGACACGA